UGCCCAACGAAAUGUGCCGUGCUAAAGGCGCCGCAAUCAUUUCUCCCCAAUUCCGGAUUUCAAACGCUUAUCUCUCACGACUAACGCCGCGUCUGAGUCAAAACCGCCGAAGAGAGAGAAAAGGGGGAGCGGAGGAAGGCGAACUGGCGAAGCGAACACAGCAACGUCAGUAAGAGCAGAGAAACGCUCCCAUCGUCUCCCUGGGUCUUACUCUCUCUACUCCUUCCUCGACUGAUCAACAAACCCUCGUUGUUAUCCACCUGUUCAUCUCCUCUCUCGCUUCAAUUCUUCUCGCCGUCUUCUUUGACCAGUCCGCAUGUCCGCAAUCGAGGAAAUUAAGCCAAAAGAAAGAUAGUCGAGGGGGCUUGAAGCUAGGUAGUUCGCGGCGAGGAUUUGGAUGCGGGGUGGCGAUUUCUGAGUAAGAAACGGUGCGGCUGGCCAGAGGAAGUGAAAAACCCUAGAUCCAUCGCUCCCCCUCAACGGACGUCGAACCGACGAGGGUGGACGAGCUGCGAGGUUUUAGGGAUUUUCGAGUUUAUUCAGAGGAUAGGAGCAAAGGACGAUGAUGGUGUCGAGGGGGCUUUUUGGGUGGUCACCACCCCACGUGCAGCCGCUGACGCCGGUAUCAGAAGUAUCGGAGCCGCCGGAGUCUCCAUCUCCGUACUUGGACCCCGGCGUCGACGUGGUACCGUUGGAGGAUGAAGAGCCCGUCGACGAGGUGGAGGAGAUGGAGCCGCCACCUGCUGCGGUGCCGUUCUCUAGACUGUUUGCUUGCGCGGAUGGAUUGGAUUGGUUUCUUAUGGCUGUUGGAGCACUGGCUGCGGCUGCGCAUGGGACGGCUCUUGUUGUGUACUUGCAUUUUUUUGGGAGGUCCAUCAAUCUGCUUAGUCCGUCUAAUUUGCGAGAGAAAAGUCCGGAGGAGGUCUUUCAUGAGUAUAAGCAGCAUGCUCUGUACAUUAUUUAUAUUGCCUGUGGUGUAUUUGCUGCCGCAUGGAUUGAGGUUUCUUGCUGGAUUUUCACCGGAGAGAGGCAGACUGCAGUGAUCAGGUCAAAGUAUGUCCAAGUAUUACUAAACCAGGACAUGAGCUUUUUUGAUACUUACGGUAACAAUGGAGACAUUGUUAGUCAAGUUUUGAGCGACGUGUUGCUUAUUCAAUCUGCUCUGAGCGAGAAAGUUGGAAAUUACAUACAUAAUAUGGCUACUUUUUUUGGCGGUCUUGUUAUUGGUCUGAUCAACUGCUGGCAAAUUGCACUCUUGACACUGGGUACAGGUCCAUUCAUUGUUGCUGCUGGGGGCAUAUCAAACAUUUUUCUUCAUAGACUUGCUGAGAACAUUCAAGACGCAUAUGCUGAAGCUGCAAGCAUAGCUGAACAGGCCAUCACUUACAUUAGAACUUUGUAUGCAUUUACAAAUGAUACAUUGGCAAAGUACUCUUAUGCUACUUCACUUCAAGCAACACUGCGUUAUGGUAUAUUGAUUAGUCUUGUGCAAGGCCUCGGGCUUGGGUUCACAUAUGGACUUGCCAUAUGUUCUUGUGCUUUGCAACUUUGGGUUGGAAGGUUCCUGGUAUUGCAUGCAAAAGCAAAUGGCGGUGAAAUCAUAACUGCUCUAUUUUCUGUAAUUUUGAGUGGCCUUGGACUAAAUCAAGCAGCAACGAACUUCUAUUCGUUUGAGCAAGGCAGGAUUGCUGCUUAUAGACUUUAUGAGAUGAUAAGCCGUUCAGCUUCCACAAUCAAUCAUGAUGGAAAUACCCUAGCUUCUGUGCAAGGAAACAUUGAAUUCCGCAAUGUAUAUUUUAGUUACUUAUCUCGUCCUGAAAUACCCAUUUUAAGUGGGUUCUUCUUGACUGUACCCUCUAGAAAAACAGUGGCACUUGUUGGUAGGAAUGGUUCUGGAAAAAGCAGCAUAAUUCCUCUCAUGGAACGUUUUUAUGAUCCUACAUUAGGGGAAGUACUUUUGGAUGGAGAGAAUAUAAAAAAUUUGAAGCUUGAAUGGUUGAGAAGCCAAAUAGGACUUGUCACACAGGAACCAGCAUUAUUAAGUCUGAGCAUUAGGGACAACAUUGCUUAUGGGAGAUCUGCUACUUUUGAUCAGAUUGAAGAGGCUGCCAAGUCAGCACAUGCACAUACCUUUAUUAGCUCGCUUGAAAAAGGAUAUGAUACACAGGUUGGAAGGGCUGGUUUAAUUCUAACAGAAGAGCAAAUGAUAAAGCUUUCUAUUGCUCGGGCUGUACUUUCAAAUCCAUCUAUUCUUCUUCUGGAUGAGGUCACAGGUGGCCUAGAUUUUGAUGCAGAAAGAUCUGUUCAGGAGGCAUUAGACAUAAUCAUGCUUGGAAGGUCAACUAUAAUCAUAGCUAGACGCCUUGGACUUAUAAGAAAUGCUGACUAUAUAGCAGUGAUGGAGGAAGGUCAACUUGUUGAAAUGGGUACACAUGAAGAAUUGCUUACCCUCGAUGGCCUUUAUGCAGAGCUCCUCAGAUGUGAAGAAGCAACAAAGCUUCCUAAAAGGACACCUAUCAGGAAUCAUAAAGAUCUUGCAACUUUUCAAAUUGAAAAGGAUUCAUCUGCUAGUCAUUUUCUCCAAGAACCAUCAUCUCCGAAGAUGGUUAAGUCCUUCUCAGUUCAGAGGGCUCUUGGAUUUAGUACUGUGAAGCAGCGAGAUGGUAAUCGCAGCUUACAGGAAUCACCAAAGGUUCAUAGCCCUCCCUCUGAGCAAAUUAUUGAAAAUGGGAUGUCUAUGGUAAUUGCAGAAAGAGUACCAUCCAUCAAACGACAGGAUAGUUUUGAAAUGAGGUUGCCAGAACUUCCUAAGAUUGAUGUACAUUCACUGAAUCGUCAAACGUCAAACACUUCAGAUCCUGAAUCACCUAUAUCUCCUCUUUUGACUUCAGAUCCCAAAAAUGAGCGUUCCCAUUCAAGUACUUACAGCCGUCCACUUAAUCAGUUUAAUGAUAUGCCCAUCAAACAGAGAUAUGCAAAAGACUCGCAGCAUCUGAAGCCACCAUCAUUUUGGAGACUUGUUGAGCUCAGCAUAACAGAAUGGCUUUAUGCUCUCCUGGGAAGCAUUGGUGCUGCUAUUUUUGGAUCAUUUAAUCCUAUUUUUGCUUACACAGUCGCAUUGAUAAUGGCAGCAUAUUAUAGAAUUGGUGUGGAAGAUGUUCGAAAUGAAGUGAACAAAUGGUGCCUUAUCAUUGCUUGUUUGGGCUUUAUCACUGUGGUUGCCAACUUUUUGCAACAUUUCUAUUUUGGCAUUAUGGGGGAAAAAAUGACCGAGCGUGUUAGAAGGAUGAUGUUCUCAGCAAUGUUACGCAAUGAAGUAGGAUGGUAUGAUGAGGAGGAGAACAGUGCAGACACAUUAUCAAUGCGCUUGGCAAAUGAUGCCACAUUUGUCCGGGCUGCUUUCAGUAAUAGACUUUCUAUAUUCAUACAGGACGCUGCUGCUGUUGUUGUGGCUAUUCUAAUUGGAAUGUUACUUGAAUGGCGGAUUGCAUUAGUUGCAUUGGCCACUUUACCCAUUCUUACAGUUUCUGCUGUUGCACAGAAAAUGUGGCUUGCUGGUUUUUCAAGAGGCAUACAGGAGAUGCACAGGAAGGCCUCUUUGGUCCUUGAAGAUGCUGUUAGGAAUAUCUACACUGUCGUGGCAUUCUGUGCUGGUAACAAGGUGAUGGAACUUUACGGGUUGCAGCUAAGUGGAAUAUUGAAGAAGAGCUUUUUUCAUGGCUUGGGCAUUGGUUUUGCCUUUGGCUUCUCACAAUUCCUCCUUUUUUCGUGUAACGCUCUUCUACUCUGGUACACUGCUGUCUCCGUUCAUGACGGACGUCUCAAACUCGUCACAGCUCUCAAAGAAUACAUGGUUUUUUCUUUUGCCACCUUCGCAUUAGUAGAGCCUUUUGGCCUUGCUCCAUAUAUUUUAAAAAGGCGAAACUCGCUCAUUUCAGUAUUCGAAAUCAUUGACCGGGUUCCCAAGAUUGAUCCAGAUGAUAAUUCUGGUCUCAAACCGCCAUCCGUAUACGGAAGCAUCGAGCUAAAAAAUAUCGAUUUUUGCUAUCCGACUCGCCCCGAUUCAAUCAUUCUGAGCAAUUUCAGUCUCAAAGUUGGCGGCGGACAAACAGUUGCAGUGGUGGGUGUUUCUGGUUCUGGAAAGAGCACAAUCAUUUCUCUUAUAGAGAGAUACUACGAUCCUAUCUCCGGCCAGAUCUUGCUGGAUGGGCGUGAUCUCAAGCUAUUCAAUUUAAGAUGGUUGCGAAGCCACAUGGGUCUGGUACAGCAGGAGCCCAUCAUCUUCUCCACAACCAUCAGGGAGAAUAUCAUAUAUGCUAGGCAUAAUGCAACUGAAGCUGAAAUUAAAGAAGCAGCUAGAAUUGCAAACGCCCACCAUUUUAUAAGCAGUUUGCCUCAUGGCUACGACACUCAAGUUGGCAUGAGGGGAGUUGAUCUAACACCUGGCCAGAAGCAGAGGAUUGCGAUCGCCCGCGUGGUGCUGAAAAACGCACCUAUAUUGCUGUUAGACGAAGCGAGCUCCGCGAUCGAGUCCGAGUCCAGCCGAGUCGUGCAAGAAGCUCUUGAUACAUUAAUUCUGGGCAACAAAACCACCUUAUUAAUUGCUCAUAGAGCAGCAAUGAUGAGACAUGUUGAUAACAUUGUGGUUCUUAACGGUGGCAAGAUAGUUGAGCAGGGCAGCCAUGACACCCUGGUUCAAAUGAAUGGCCUCUAUGUUCGGUUAAUGCAGCCUCAUUUCAGUAAAGGACUCCGGCAACAUCGGCUUGUGUAAGCAUCCUUUGUACAUUAUCUUUAGAUCAAAGUUCUCUCAUUGAUGAAAUUCUCACCAAGCGGAGUGAGUUAACUUUGGAUUUUUGACACUCGAGAUGAGACUAUUAUUUCGUUUGGGACGGCUUUUUUAUUGUGUUUUAAAGCAGUUUUCUAGUACAAAAAUUUUUAAUUAUUGAACUAAAAAAAUUGUUUUAAGAAGCAGCAAGAAAGCUGUCGCAAACGAAGCCUAUAGCAGUGGUAGAUAGCUUUGGGAUUCGAGGCCAGUGUAAUGGUUCAGAUGGCUUGGUAGGAUCAGUCUGUAUUCUUUCCGAGGCUUUGUAUUUCCCCCCAUUGUAUUAAUUUGUUAACUAUAGGUACUUCUUCUAUAUUGCUUCAGAUUUAGUUCGACUCAGUUCUUGCAAUGUACAUAACAUAUAGUUCUUAUGCCAGGUUUCCAGCUCGCCUGAAAAUACUAUAGAUUUCUUUUCGUGUUCUGCUA